AUUUGCCAAGACAAUGGAGAAGGUGCGUGGGCCCUUCAGUUCUUUCUGCUGCAACCUGUUCUUGCUGUUUGUUCUUGUUUCAGUACGUCCAAACCUUGCAGUGGCUGGUUCCGUGGUUAAGUUUCUUCCAGGAUUUGAAGGCCCUCUCCCGUUUGUGCUCGAAACAGGGUAUAUUGGAGUUGGUGAAUCGGAGGAUGUGCAACUCUUCUACUACUUUGUCAAGUCAGAGUCAAAUCCUCAAAUAGAUCCCCUUUUGAUUUGGUUAACUGGAGGCCCUGGCUGCUCUUCAUUUUCGGGGCUCGCUUAUGAGAUAGGACCAGUGAAAUUCCAGGGAGUACUGUAUGAUGGGACAUUGCCCAAGUUGGUGACAAAUCCCUAUUCUUGGACCAAGCUUGCAAGCAUCAUCUUCCUGGAUUCGCCGGUGGGAACUGGCUUUUCUUAUGCCCGGACUGCUAAAGCUUCUCAGUCUUCAGAUUUGCAAGCUUCUGAACACACGUAUGAAUUUCUUAGGAAGUGGCUACAUGAUAACCCCGAGUACAUGUCCAAUUCAUUCUACAUUGGAGGAGACUCCUACGCAGGCAUUAAUGUUCCAAUUGUAGCUCAACUGGUAUCAAAUGGUAUGAAGUUAUUCUUUGGAUACAUACUUGGAAACCCAGCACCGACCACUCAAGGCGAUGGAAACCAUGCAAUCCCGUUUGCUCAUAGGAUGGCGCUAAUCUCUGAUGAACUCUAUGAGUCCUUGAAAGCGACCUGUAAAGGAGAAUAUGUAAAUAUAGACCCCAGCAAUGCGCCCUGCUUGAAGAAUAUCCAGGCAUACAAUAAGCUGAUUGAUAACAUCAACAUUGAGCAUGUGCUGGAGCCCACUUGUCCUGAUGUUUCACCAAAGCCAAAUAACUUAUUCAGUGGCAGGAGAUCAACUGUUGAAACGUUCUAUAAGAAGUUUGAGGAGCUUGACGUUCUGGAAUUUAAUGCAGUUGAAUGUCGUGUGACCGGAGAGGAGCUUCUAUACUACUGGGCUAAUGACAGGAGUGUCCAAGAGGCCCUCCAUGUGCGAAAGGGGACUAUUAAUGAGUGGAUUAGAUGCAACUAUAGCAUACCAUACACAAAAAAUGCAGGGAGCGCUGUACCAUACCACGCAAACCUCAGCACUAAAGGUUACAGAUCUCUCAUAUACAGUGGUGACCAUGAUAUGAUCUCACCAUAUUUGGGAACUGAAGAAUGGAUAAGAUCUCUAAAUUACCCAACUAUUGAUGAUUGGAGACAAUGGAUUCAUCAAGGCCAAGUUGCAGGUUAUACAAGGACUUAUGCAAAUAAGAUGACAUUUGCAACUGUAAAGGCGAGAAAUUCCUCUUUCUCUUGCUUUAGUGUAGGUUUUCAGGUUGUAUUAAGUUAAGAACACUGUU